UCCCUCCCAUUUCUGGUCAGUGAUCUGAUCUGAUCUGAUCUCCAUCAUAAAACCCUCACCCUCCCCAUUUUUCCCGCACUUUUUCCCCGCUAACACUUUCCCGGCCACUCUCCGGUCGUCGGAGGAAGAAGAAGAAGCAGCACGGGACAACCGCCGCCGAUCAAAUGAACGGCAACGGACCGCCGUUCGCAGUCCCCCUCGUACUGCUGCUCUCCGUCGCGCUUCUGUUUCUAUUCUUCCCGGAGAUCCUCUCCCCCCUCCGGCCUCUUCCCCCUCAGAGUCAGAUCUCCCCCGCCGACGAGCUCGACGACCUCGCUCUCCUCACCCGCGCCUCCUCCGGCGGGGGGGCCUCCCACCUCUCCUCCUCCUCCAACAAGCUCAAGAUUGCCUUCCUCUUCCUCACCAACUCCGACCUCCACUUCGCCCCUCUCUGGCAGAAGUUCUUCCGCAACCGCCGCUCCCUCUUCAGCAUCUACGUCCACGCCGAUCCCUCCGUCAACGUCACGCCCCCCGGGGGAGUGUUCGACGGCCGGUUCAUCCCCUCCAAGCGGACCUCACGCGCGUCCCCCACCCUGAUCUCCGCCACGCGCCGCCUCCUCGCUGCCGCUCUCCUCGACGACCCGGCCAACGCCUACUUCGCCCUCCUCUCGCAGUAUUGCGUCCCCCUCCACUCCUUCGACUACGUCUAUGGGUCUCUCAUCACGAACCCCAAGUUCGACCUUUCCGACACCCCUGAGUCGAUCAGCCAUGGCGUCCGCCUCAGCUACCGGAGCUACAUUGAGAUCCUGGAAGAGUCGAAGAGCCUCUGGAAGCGAUACACAGCACGCGGGAGGUUUGCUAUGCUCCCGGAGGUACAGUUCGACCAAUUCCGGGUCGGAUCCCAGUUCUUCGUCCUCACGCGCCGCCACGCCCUCACAGUGGUGAGAGAUCGGAGGCUAUGGAGGAAGUUUCGGCUCCCUUGCUACGGCGAGCUGAAGUCCGCCUGUUACCCGGAGGAGCACUAUUUCCCCACGCUCUUGUCGAUGAAGGAUCCGGAGGGGUGCACCCGUUACACCCUGACGCGUGUCAACUGGACGGACUCCGUCGGCGGCCACCCCCGCACUUACGGUCCGACGGAGGUGUCCUCGGAGCUGAUCCAGGAGCUCCGGCUCUCGAACAACUCGGGAUCUUACCUGUUCGCGAGGAAGUUCUCGCCGGAUUCGCCGAAGCCGCUGAUGAAGAUCGCCGACAAGGUCAUCUUCCGCGACUGAUCUACGCCGGUAGGCAAACGAGAGAUCCACUGAGAUCGUAGAAUUUUGGGUUGAUUAUAUCAGAGUAGUCUUUGGGAAAAGUGGUCUUGGCGAGGCUUUAAGUGUGCCCACGGACCAUGAAGCCCAAGAGCCCUGACCUCGAGCUGAACAUAACUGGAGUUUUAACUGGUAUACGAGUAGGACCUCUCCCGGUGAGAAGGUUUUUCCCUUUCCAGGUCGGAGUCUUGUAAAUAUGAUGCUGCGGGAAAGUUCAAACCCGUUAAAUACUCGCCUAAGAUUUAAUUGAGGGAGAUCAAUCAACUCGGGGGGAGAACAGUGAGCUCAAGAGUUAAAUGAAGCCAUAACUCAUUCGGCAUCUUUGGAUCUUCUUUCUUUGCUUCGCCGUUACUCCAAGCUCCGUUUUUACCUUCCCCUUCCCCUGUCCUCUGCUUCUUUACUGGUAUGUUGCUUGCAAGCAAUGAGAUCCUCUCAACAGCAGCUUCUCAGGUCCAGUAGAAUUACGAAUCACGGGGACAAGAGACUUGAUGGAUUCCUAGAUGUCGGGGGCUGUGGAGAUGAGCAAAGAAAUGUGGAUUUGUACAUAGGAUUGCUAAGCUUAUCGGUAUUCCAUGGAUUGCUCGGAAGAAUUCCUGCAGAUAAUCCCGGCCCAAUCUUUUGCACAGCACGGCUGGGGACAGUUUAUAUGAUUGGGGAAUGAUAAAAGGAGAGUUGAUAAAGAAUGAGUUUAAGACGGACAUCCAUGUAAGUUCUUUUUAUCUUGUAUUAUUUUAUUUUAUUGAUUCAUACCAUAUAUUGCCGAACACUAUAAUCUAGAUGUGGCAACAUCAUUAAAUCUAUAAAUCAACUGUGCGGUACCAAUCUCUUUCAGACGGUAAA